GGCAUCUUUCAAUACGCCCGACAAUGGCCGCUCCAUCAAGUCUUCCAGCAUUGCUGGAAUCCCUCACACAGUCUUUUUCCUCGGCUCUGGAAGCCGCCCCUAAACUUUCCGGCGUAGAGCCUCCAAAAGACGGACUCUCUCUCCUCGAUGUCAAGAACGAACUCCUACUCUCCUACUUGCAAAACUUGGUCUUCCUGAUCCUCGUCAAGCUCCGGCAAUCGAAGAACGGAAGAGAAAAGACCAAGUCCGAGCCCGAUAUAAACGACACGGUGGUGAAAAAGCUUGUCGAACUCCGACUCUACCUCGAGAAGGGUGUCAGACCUCUGGAAGACAAACUCCGCUACCAGAUUGAGAAGGCUCUACGAGCAGCAGACGAUACGGAACGAAAUGCGAAGGCUGCAGAGGCAGCAAGUGCCCUGAGCGCACGUAAGGGUUCCGCCGCACACUCGGGCUCUGAGAGCGACGAGGAGUCCGGGGAAGAGGAGGAUGCAGGCGAAGCAGGGCCGGCGAAGGUUUCCGAUCUACAGUUCCGACCCAAUCUGUCCGCAUUUGUGCGCCCGGCUGCUUCUACGGGCGUUUCCAAGGAGAAGGAUGCAACCGGCGCGUAUCGACCUCCCAGGAUCGCGCCAACCGUGAUGCCCACAACCGAGCGGCGAGAGAAGGCUGAGCGGAGGACACUCAAGUCAGCCACACUCGAUGAGUUCAUUGCCGACGAGCUCUCUACCGCGCCUGUCGCCCUACCCAGCAUUGGCACGACCAUUGUGGCUGGUGGCCGGAAGAUCAAGACCGCAGCAGAACGCGCCCAGGAGGACGAGCGCCGUGACUAUGAAGAACGAAACUUCGUCCGGCUUCCCAAGGAGAGCAAGAAGGAUAAGGCAAAGAAAUCCAAGACUUCCGGCCGGAGUGCGCGCAUGAACUUUGGUGGCGAGGAAUGGCGGGAUCUUGGAGAAGGAAUUGACAGGAUCAACAUGUUGACCAAGACCAAGAAUGCAGGCACAGGUACCAAGGCACUCCUGGAGAAGAGCCGGAAGAGAGGGAUCGACACCGUCGAUGGUCCUCGUGGGAGCGGAAGCAAUACCAAUGGGCCUGGCAUGGGCGAAAGGUAUCAAAAGCGACUCAAGGUUCUUGAAGGCGGCCGCAGAGACCGAGGCAAGAGAAGGUAGAAGGAGCAUCAUAAUAUAAACGCCGGUUACUCUCAGUCAACUCCCAAGCUAUGAGUCGAACCCCGCCCCCCCAAAAAAUGAGAUCUAAGACCAUGCAUUAUAUCCGUGGAUGUUGCAAAUUCCUUUUUUUUUUGGUACCCUCUUGUCUAUCUCCGACUCUUACUCUACGCC